AUGGCUCAUUUUUCGCCGAAUCAAAAUCGGAUUGGUCAUGAUGAUAACUCAAAUCAUCUUGAGUCGACAUCUCAAGAAGAUCAUGAUGACAAAUAUGAGGGUGAAUCCGUGAGCUUUGUCGAGGCAGAAAAGUUGCGUCGUCCACCAAACUUGAAAAUGAUGAAUUCAAAUGUCCAGAGCACUUCGUUCGCUUUUGACCCGUGUCAUUCUGUUUCGCCGAACCUUGCCAAUAUUAUGAAAGCCAAUGGAAGUUUCAAUUCUCAGAAAAACGCCACACAAGAAGGUCAACUUGCAUACGAGAAUAACACAGAAGCUGUUUACUUUCCGUCUCAGCUUCCUCUCAAUGAGCAGUUCGGAGAGUUUGAGCCACAAAAGUUCUGGAACUUGCUUGACAAUCUCGUCGAAGGCAAAACGGAAGAAGUUCUAGCGACCAAAGAAAUUCCGGAAAAAAUUUCCGUUCGCCAAGUGCUCAGCGGAAAUUAUGGGAAACACCUUCAAAAUAUAGCACAGCCAAUGGCUAAUGAGUACGCAAAUUGUCGUGAAUCCUCGAAGCACGCUGCUGUUCAAAUGCUCAAUCCGAAUAUGAUGUCCAUAAGUGGAAACGGAUUGAGCAUAAUGGCUGAAAAAUCGUAUCAAACCCAUCAUGACCCCCUUGAACCGACAAUGUCAUUGAAUAUUGAAGGAAACUUGGAAAUAGUUGUCGGUCCAAAUAUGUGUCAACCGGAGACCGAAUACAGCAACACCAGAAAUGAUUAUCAGAAUCAGCCAAUACCAUCGCAAGCGCCACCACCGCUUCCGGCAUUGCCACCGCAACAACAUCAGCCAUUCGAAACGCCGUAUCGCUAUCAGAACUAUCCAAAUUACACGGCAGGAACAUCAAGACAAGCGUCGUCGCCGAGAUAUCAGUACAGUGGCCAGCAGCUGCGACAUCCGCAGCCGCCGAUGACAGCGAUCCGACACCAGGGGCACGCGUUCAAUCAGCCAGGCGAGGCGACAGUUGCGAAGCCUCGAAAAUCGAGAAUCGAUAUGAUGACUCAUUCGGAAAUCGGUGUCCACCCCCAUCAGCAGUCGGCGUCUCUAGUUGAUAAAUCGAGCAGCAGAAAGGUUCCCGUCCCGGCUGCAUUUUAUUAUUCAAAAAAUCCGGCGAAAGUUUCAAUGGAAUGUUCAACGACUCAGUUUGAUAAUGCUCCGCAAUCUUCGCAGCCUGCUCCGAGUAAUCUGAGAACAUUCCGGCCGCCACAAGAAGCUCCAGUCCGCAAAUUAACGACAGAUCUCAUCAAAACCUACAAGCAGAUAAACGAAUCGUUUUACAUCAAAAAGCAGCAAAAGAAUUACGCCAAAUAUGGAACAGCGGGCAAGCCGGUAACUCAGAACGUUCAAGGUCCGGUUAUAGAAGGACCAUCCAAUCAGGGCCCGGAGACGUUUUCAAUUCAGAAUGCGUAUCAGCAAAGUGGAAAUCAAAACUAUCAACCUGAAGAACAACAAAAAGCUCCACCUCUCUUUGACACCAAUGCUCCACCCGCUUCGCAAAUGGUGGUACCGAGACGAACUGAAAAUGAUCCGCAUCAAAUGCGCCAAAAGAGUAGCCGUGGUGGACCUCACAAUGGUGGUUAUGAUGAUCACAAUUAUGAUUACAUUCUGCGAAACGGCGAAAUAUUCGACAAAAGAUAUGUCAUCUUGAGCGACGUUCCCGUUGGUAAAGGUUCAUUCGGUCAGGUCACCAAAGCCUAUGACAUGGUGACCAAGGAAGAAGUUGCGAUCAAGAUAAUAAAGAAUAAGAGGACAUUCUUCGAUCAAGCGCAGAUUGAGAUCAAACUUCUCGAACUGAUGAAUUCGCAUGACAAAGAUAAUAAAUAUAACAUUGUCUCGCUCAAGGGUCACUUUGUGCACAGGUCGCACUUGUGUUUGGUUUUCGAAUUGUUGUCAUAUAAUUUAUACGAUUUGCUCAAGAAUACUGGUUUCCGCGGUGUUUCGCUCAAUUUGGCCAGAAAAUUUGCCCAACAGCUGGCCAAAACUUUGCUUUUCCUUUCAUCCCCAGAGCUUUCGAUUAUUCACUGCGAUUUGAAGCCGGAGAAUGUACUGCUGGUUAACGCCAAACGUUCACAAAUCAGGGUUAUCGAUUUUGGCUCUUCGUGCCAAUUAGGUCAUCGUAUAUAUCAAUAUAUUCAAUCUCGUUUCUAUCGUUCCCCGGAAGUACUGCUGGGAAUAUCAUACGACACCAAAAUUGAUAUGUGGUCAUUAGGAUGUAUACUUGUUGAAAUGCAUACGGGUGAGCCUCUUUUUGCUGGAUCAUCAGAACUUGAUCAGAUGAUGAAAAUUGUCGAAGUUCUCGGAAUGCCGCCGAAAGAAAUGUUGGACGCAGGACCAAAGACUCACGAGUACUUCUAUAAAACCCAAGAUGGUGUUUAUUAUUGCAAGAAAACUCGUGAUGGGUAUCGUAAGCAAUAUAGAGCACCGGGAACACGCAAGCUGCACGACAUUUUGGGAGUGACCUCAGGUGGUCCAGGGGCAAGACGUCUUGGAGAACCAGGACACUCAGUUGAGGAGUAUAGCAAAUUCAAGGAUUUAAUCAAGCGCAUGCUUCAAUAUGAUCCGAAACAGAGAAUUUCUCCGUAUUAUGUGGUUCGACAUCCGUUUUUGAAACAAAAGGAAGAAGUUAAGGAACGCGCUCCAUCGCAGCCGCCAGCUUCUAUUCAUAAUCAAUAUCCGCAAUAUCAAUACCCACCGCAACCACCAGCGCCUCAGACAAUGCCGCUACAACCGCAGCCACAACAGUCCCAGAACUUUGGCCUUUAUCCGGGACAAGUUUUGACUUAUGAUAAUCAAGCAUAUCAGCAAGCUUAUCGAAAUGAGCAGCAAGCUGAUCCGGAAAAUGGCGAAUGGCGAAGACGGCAUUCUUCGCAGCAGCCUCCUUCGAAUCGAAACCCAAUUCCUCCAGCAAACUAUGCUUAUAUGCAACCGUUGCAAAAUCCGUCAAAUGCAAGAAUGGACGACAUCGCUAAAGAUAUCGAUUGGAAUAAGCAGAAUCAUCCCCAAACUAGUCAGCAAGAUUAUGGGCAACGAAUGCAUCCUCAGCAAAUCAAUGCGUCUAUGAAUCAACAAUUGAACCAACAAAUGAACAAUCCAAUGGGUUCGCAGAUGAAUCCUCAAAUAAGCCAACAAAUGAAUUCCCAAAUCAAUCAGCAAAUGAAUCCGUCAAAAGAUUGGUCGCAGCAAAUGGAAUGCGAGGAGAACUUUUAUGAUGAACUGGGAGCCAGUACGAGUCAUCAAGGAAGAUCUGAUGAGCAAGUUGCUGCAUUCGGCGAGCAUUCGCACUCGGCAAAUGAUAUUUACAAACAGCAUGCGGGACAGCAGCAAAACGAGAUGAUCAUGAUGCAGGGUCAACAAAUUGCACCGCAUCGUAAUCAAUCAUUUGACAAUUCCAAAGCAAUGCAAGGGUCAGCAAACUAUACGGUGCCACAGAACUUUAAUGGGCAAAUGUCAGUGCCGCAACAGACGCGUUCGCAACAACAGCCGCCGUCGGGACAGCAGAAGAAUUUAAAUGCUCCGUACUAUUUAAGCAACAAACUUUAA